UUCCCGGGGGUACUGUCUUUCCCUUAGGACCAGGCGGAGCCGCGACUCCAAAUAUGCACUUGGGCAAUGACGUAACGUGGCGUCGCCGGGGCCUAACUACCGGAGAGCUUCCAUGGUAACAGAAGAUGAGGAGAGUGGUUGGGAGCUGCCAGUGGUUUUGUUGCUACCUCAGACUGCUGGAGUCCGAAGGACAAAAGUCAUAUAAGACAAGAAUCCUUCUGGGCUCAAAGGGCAAAAGGAUUGAAGGUGAUGGUUUAUCUACCCCUGAGGCAAUCCAUGGUCCAGCACUGGUGGGAAGCAGUGAGGAAGGAAACUGCACAAGGAGCUCCCAGCUAACAGACCUAAAAGAAGCAUCAUGUUCCAUGACUUCAUUUCACCCCAGGGGACUUCAGGCUGUCCGUGCUCGGAAGUUCAAGGGUAGAAGGCCACGGAGUAACAGCGAUUCUUUUCAGGAAGAGGAUCUGAGGCAGGGUUUUCAGUGGAGGAAGAGCCUCCCCUUUGGGGCAGCCUCAUCUUACUUGAACUUGGAGAAGCUGGGUGAAGGUUCUUACGCUACAGUUUACAAGGGGAUUAGCAGGAUAAAUGGACAACUAGUGGCUUUAAAAGUCAUCAGCAUGAAUGCAGAGGAAGGAGUCCCAUUUACAGCCAUCCGGGAAGCUUCUCUCCUGAAGGGUUUGAAACAUGCCAAUAUUGUGCUGCUGCAUGACAUUAUCCACACCAAAGAGACACUGAUAUUCGUUUUUGAAUACAUGCACACGGACCUGGCCCAGUAUAUGUCUCAGCAUCCAGGAGGGCUGCAUCCUCACAACAUCAGGCUUUUCAUGUUUCAACUUUUGCGGGGCCUGGCGUACAUCCACCACCAACAUGUUCUUCACAGGGACCUGAAACCUCAGAACUUACUCAUCAGUCACCUGGGAGAGCUCAAACUGGCUGAUUUUGGUCUUGCUCGGGCCAAGUCCAUUCCCAGCCAGACAUACUCUUCAGAAGUUGUGACUCUCUGGUACCGCCCUCCUGAUGCCUUGCUGGGAGCCACUGAAUAUUCCUCUGAACUGGACAUAUGGGGUGCAGGCUGCAUCUUUAUUGAAAUGUUCCAGGGUCAACCCUUGUUUCCUGGGGUUUCCAACAUCCUUGAACAGCUGGAGAAGAUCUGGGAGGUGCUGGGAGUCCCUACAGAGGAUACAUGGCCUGGAGUUUCCAAGCUACCUAACUACAAUCCAGAGUGGUUCCCACUGCCUAAGCCUCAGAGCCUUCAGCAAGUCUGCAACAGAAGUGAGGCCUCUGGAGAAAUCCUUUUUCUCUCUCACUUUUCCAGGUUAGGCAGGGCUCCGGAAGCUGAAGACCUGGCCUCCCAAAUGCUGAAAGGCUUUCCAAGAGACCGUGUCUCCGCCCAGGAAGCACUGGUUCACAAUUAUUUCGGUGCCCUGCCGGCUCAGCUGCACCAGCUUCCUGAUGAGGAGUCUUUGUUUACAGUUUCAGGAGUGAGGCUAAAGCCAGAAAUGUGUGACCUUUUGGCCUCCUACCGGAAAGGUCACCACCCAGCCGGGUUUAGCAAAUGCUGGUGAACAGAAAGAGUGAGAUCACCAAGAUCUUCCAGGGCUAUUUAUGUUUCCAUUUUAAUUUGCUCCCACUUUCUAAGAAGCUUCAAAUCUAACUCCACACUGGACCAAGGGUUUUAUGUCAUCACCUGUGACGUGGAAUAUUUUAAACAUGAUGUCCAAAGCAACAGUACAUAAUACUUGAAGAAAAAGCAAUGAAAGGUUAUUGCUAUUGAUAUUUGCCUAGAAUUUAACAGUGAUGGGCUCAAAAAUUAGACACAGACUGAAAUCAUCUGAGAAGAGGACGCUUGAAUAAUUUCAUUCAUUUCGUUAUUUGAUAGAGAGAUCCCUGGGCCAGAAGGAGAACAGGACAGAUGGGAGGCAACAAUUGAAAGAUUUUGGAGACAGGGCUGGUGCUUACAGAGGCCUGUCACUCCUGUGUUCACUUACAAUUUCCCCCAACAGAAGGACUUCUGUGACAAGGAGAGGAUUAGUCUAAAGUUUAGAACAGUCUCUAGGGAAGGUAGUUUCUUGUAUAAAGUUGUCAACAAAAGGACUUGCUUCAGCCUCUUUGUUAUGAUUUCCAAGGGGGCGCUUCUUCCUUCACUAACUGGAUUAUGAAAACACAGUACCACCCCAUCCCAGCCAGAUUUGGGGAGUUUGGAUUGAGCUGCUGCCUAGAAUUAAGUGUCAGGCUGUCUCCUUCUACUGAAUCCUAAUUGUCUGUGAUGAUAGCAAAAGUGAUGCGGAAUCUCAGCUCUGACUUGAUGGCAGAGAUACUGAAUAGAGAGAUAAGAGCAAAGAGUUCCAAAGUUGUAACUCAAGUCGCGUUGCACCAUCAGACACACAUGCGUGUGUGCACACACAUAAGCCUCAAAUAAAAUGAGAGCUCUGUCUUGGCUGACACAUGUUUCAUUUUCUACGAUGGGUCCUUCCAAAAGAUGCCGGGGAGACUCAAAUUACUUCAUCUGGGGAUCAUCUACUCAGGAAAUGUAGUAGCCUAGAAACCAGAGA